GGAGAGCGAAACGUGGGGAUCAAAUCGGUCAUCUUACACACUGCAAAUUUGCUAACCCCGCUUUCUUCCUCUGUUCUAGGGCUCCGUUCAAUUUUCUCGGAUAUUUCCCCGGAAAAUAAUCAUAGGAGUAAUGGACGGGAAUUUGGAAAUCUCUCUGGACAAGCUUCCGAUCAGGCGCUUGGAAUCCAUUGAAGAAAACGGAGCCGAACGAUACCCUUCUGAUGUAGGGUAUGAGGAGAAGAGAGUGAACCUGAUUCGUCGAAUAGACUUCGGAUGGGCGGUGGAGAGAGAAGAUCCGAGCAAGAAGCGGAAGAAGACUUCUUCUUCGAAAGAGGAUGCAACGACGCCGUGGCCGUGGCAGAGCAUGGUGGAGAAUCUGAAGUUGGCUCAUCAGGAGCUCUCUGUCAUCAUCGAUCUCAUCAAUACCGUGGAAGCUAAUGAUGCAGUUACAGUAGCUGGCAUGACCAGGCCGAAGCAGUUACCUAAUGAACAAUUGUCUGAUCUUGCUGUAUCUACGGCAACAAAGCUGCAAUGUUUCCGGCAACUUGGAAAAUAUUUCAAGCAAUCUGCCAAAGCAUUGGAACAGCAAGUGGCUAGGGAAGCAAGAUUCUACGGUGCUCUCAUUAGAUUGCAGCAAAACUGGAAAGUUAAACGGCAGCGUGUGGUCGCUGCCACUUCUAGCAACGAAGGGUUCUAUAUUGAUCUAUUAGACAAUUCAUUACAUGAUUCAGCGGCCAUAUCUCGCCCAUCUGCUUUAUCAACAGUGCGCAUCGAGCAUGACCCAGCUGGAAUGCUUUCUGUGAACUUACCUCCAAAGUCAUGCCGCUCUCUUCAAUUUGUGUUUCUUGGUGCGCAUCUGUAUAAUUAUCCAACACAAUCUAGUAAAAUGCGAACUCAUUGCUCCUCUAAGGAUCCAUCCAAAGAAACUAAAAAAGAACAUUUGAGUGAUGAUGAAUCUGUUAAAGAAACCCAUUCAGUCAUCCGUCAAGUUCAUCGUGCAAUCUUUGACGAGCAGGUUUUUGAUUUGGUGAAUCGUGAAGCAUUCAACCAGUCUUUAGGUGUGAAUGUGACCGGAAUACGAGAAAACUAUUUACAAUUGAGCAUAGAUCAAGGAGCUUCUGCAUCUAUUUCGCUUGUGCCGUCUUGGAAAGAAAAUCAAACAGUUGACAGUGCAGGGACUCAGAAUUUAGAAACUGCAAUAGUACCUUUAGAAACAUUUGAUGGGUCAAGGUUAGGUGAAGGGAAAAGUGAUACCCAUAAAAGAAAACCCAAGCUUCCUAAUCAAGUUAGUUGUGAAAUCUUUUUGGAGCAAAUUUUUCAUGAACAAGUACUUGUGAAAGCAAAGGAUGGAUCGACAUCUGCUGUUAGAACUCAGUUAGCCAAUCAUCCAGCGAAGAAUCGGUUAAAUCUUCUGGGUCAUUUCUGCAUGUCUCUGGCUCACAGGAUCUUUUCAAACAAAGUUCUCGCUGAGCUGGAAAAUCUGGUUUCUGGGGUCCCAUAUGUCCAUCUUAUAUCCCAUCAUACUUGGAAUUCUCGUACAUCUUCGUGGACCCUCUCUAUGAAUGUUCCUCGGUCCAUUGUUCAUGCCGGAUCCCAAAUCCAGAACUCGGGCAUUAAACAUAUUGAGGAUGGGAAGUCACAGUUUCGGACUAAGGUGGUUGUGAACGAUGAUUGCAUCAAUGUAGAAGGGGAGGGUGCACCAAAUGUUGUUGGCCUCUUCAAAAGGUCUGAGAGCAUCUGCUCUACGAACAGAUAUGACUGUGACUUGGCAGAUCUUCCUGUGAUACUUCUUCAGCAGAUUGCAAGCCAGGUUAUUCGGUGGCUUCACGAGGAAGCUCUUAUGGUUGGAAUAAAAGCAAAGCGAGACUACCUGUGCUUAUCCUUUGAGUUAGACCAAGGAGAAACACUAGGUUUAGUAGCUCAUGUGGAUCCAGAAGAUACCCAAGGGUGCAUCUCCUGGUGGUUGGUGGUGGAGGAUGGAUUCACUGAGGAAAGCAAAUUUCAUCCAGAUAUUUCUGAUGGCGGAUCCGAAACUCGGAAAUUCCUGGGUUAUUUAUCACUUGAUGUGUUGUAUUCGACAUUGAUGGACUUGGUUUGUCUCUGCAAUGGUGGUGGGAGGCCCUGAUUCUGCACAUUCUUCCUGCACUUUGUUAGUGGGCUAGGCUUCCGGUGAUUAUGCGGUUUUGAUGAGCCAAAGCAUUUCUCUUGUACUUUCUUUGCUGAUUUUCCCCCCUUUGCUCUCAUUUGUCUUAUUCGAUUGUGCUGAUCUUAUAAAGGGCAUAAUGGAUGAAAUUAACGGAGCCUGUUCUCCUAAAUUAGUGAUGAUUUUCAUUGCAA